AUUGCGAAAGAAGUCACCCGGCCCGCACCAACAGCACCAGCCAAAGCUCCACACCAACCCGCCCUUAUUCUUCCCAGACUAUUAUUUGUAUCCUUGUGGGAAGCGCCCCCCAUCUGUUUGCUUCUAGCUACUAGCUAGACUUUGAUUGUUAGAAUUUUUGAUUGCAGAGAAGUGAAGAGAAGAUGUUCCUUUUUGCCAGGUGCUACUGGCACAUGCCCAUUAUUGUGUUAUUACUGCUCCAUGUGCUGUUAUUAUCAUUGAUGGCCACCACUUGCCAAGCAGGAGAAGACAAUAAUAACAACAAAUGCCCGCAAUUGUAUCCGUUAAUGAUUCCCGAUGCAGCGGUCCCGAAACGGCGGAAUCGCGACAAGCUGGUGAUUGCGCAUCGCGGUGCUUCGUAUCAUUUGCCCGAGCACUCGUUGGAAGCGUACCAACUGGCAUUGGAAAUGGGCGCCGAUUUUGUAGAACCCGAUCUGGUGGCAACCUCCGACGGCCAUUUGAUUGCAAUGCAUACCGUCGAUUUGAAUGUCACCACCAAUGUGGCGCAAAUUUUUCCAAGUAGAGAAUGGCAGAGUCCCUUUGUCAAUCGCAGUGGCUAUUGGUCCUUCAAUUUUACAUUGGCAGAAAUCAAACAAUUGAGACUUCGACAGCGAUUGCCUCGUGCUAGAAGUACCACUUACGACGGCAUGUUCCAAGUACCCACAUUGGUGGAAAUUCAGCAAUUGAUCAACACGUGGAAUCAAGAACGAAUUCCACAAUUGUUGUUGCAUGUCGAUGAUCAUCCUGAUGAUGCUGCUUCAGUAUCACCCAAUAAUACUGCAACAACAACAAUAAUACAACCACAUGAACACUAUCAACAAUCUGCCGGUAUCUAUGCGGAACUCAAGGCAUCACCGUGGCAUGAACAAGAUGCCAAUAUCAGUUUGGUCGAUUUGUUCUUGCAGACAUUGACCGAGAAAAACCAAGAUCACGUCUUUGAUCCCAUCCUCGAGUGUCCUCCACUCUUCAAAUUCGACGAGUACAAAGUCCCUCCAUUGGUCAUUCAAUCUUUUGAAGGAUCCGUAUUGCAGGAAAUGUCGGAAAAAUGGCAAUCCACUCAAUUUAGUACUACUACCGAUACUCCUACUGCUGCAGAAAAGCUACAACCACCACUGCCACCCAUGAUAUUACUACUCAAUUUGGAGCACUGUUGGUCCGAACCGACGUGGUUUGAGAUUGGUGAAACCUGGAGAAAAUACAUUCAGGGUUUGGGCAUUCACAAGGGGUGCUUUCCCAAAGUGGGGACCGAUUACGAAUUGGAACAGGGCAAGGGCGUUCAACGACGCGCGCAAGAAUUCAAUCUCGUCAUUCAUCCCUACACGGAACGACCCGAACACGAAUUCUUGAUGGAAGGAUUCCAAGAUGCCACCGACGAAAUUCAAUACCUCUUUUGCGAAAUGGGAGCGCAGGGGACAUUUACCGAAUCCGUAUCCACGGCCGUCAUGGCGGCGCGAGUGGGGUGUCCUACUACAGACGUAGAAGGAGGAGGCGAUGUCUCCACCGAAGAACCACAAGUGACGGCAGUUACGACGGCUCCCUCCAAGAACAACAGUAGCAACAACAACAAACUAUGUUGGGAAGACACGUCCGAAGCCAAUAUGUAUGUGGGGGUGGCAUCCUUUGUCAUGGGAAUCUUUUUGACAGCUCUCAUUUCCACAUGGGUCAAUCGAGGAUUUACCUGUACCAAACGGCCACCGCGACAGCAACAGGUCCCGGUGGAGGACUCCAGUCAUGGAGAUUUAGAAGAAGUCCCAGAUGAUGAACUCUUAUAGCACCACAACUAUCUACUAGAAUUUUUUUUUAAAAGGGUG